UAUCACUUAUCGAAUCUUAUCAAUAUUUUUUCUAUUGAAUAUUUAUCUGAAAAAAUUCAAAACAAAAUGAAUUUUAAACAACAACAAAAUUCAAACAAAACAAAUAUUCCUCCUUCUGAUUUCAUAGUCUACAAAGACUGUGAUGAUUAUGUUGAAUCGACUGCGGACUUUGAAGAAAGAAUCGCAGAUGAGGAGGAAAUAGCCAAUGAAUUUCAAUGGCUAUCCGAAUUCACUGUCCAAACGAGUUACUUGCCAAGACAUUGGCGUUCAACGCCAAUAAUUUUUGAAGAAGUUAAUCCACCGGAUAACUUCCAAGAAAUUGAAAAUGAUUCACGUGUCGUUGAUGUUGUCAAUAUUGACAAUUUUCAAGAUUAUCGAGACAUCAAUGCUCCUGGCGACGAUCAUAUAAAACCGCCACUAAAUUUACCACCACCACCAUCCGAGUGGUUAAAGAAAUGAAUGAAUUUUUUUUAAAUAAAUAUAUUCUUUACAUUGCUGAA